AACGGGAGCCGCUAUCGUUCCACGUGGAUUUCUCAUGCGACGCCCUGAUUUCGGUGGAGGAUCUACUCCCGGACACGAUAGGUCUGUCCGUUUUCGAUCUGCUUCUCGCAGAGUCUGAUCGCUGGGUGGAUGUGACUCUCAUGAUUCCCGAUCAUGCCCUCCGCGUUUUCCUCAAGAUGUUGACCUCCGUCCGAGACGAGUGUUAUCUUCUCCGGACAUUUGCCCUCCACCGAAGGACACGGCUGUACAAUCCGGACCCCCUUCGUAUGCUGGAUUCCAUGUUUGUGACAGCGCCCAGCCUUAGUACUCUGAGAUUAUUCCCCUUCAUUAAUGCCUCUUUCCCAUGGUCUCAGAUAUCGGUGUUAGAAACCAGUUUCCUCUCAGUCGACGAAGAGCUAAUGGUCAUCAAAAACGCACCUCUCCUCCGAACGCUGAAAACCUCUAGGAUAUAUAUGAGUUCACGACUCAGAGCGCCUGAUCCCGUACCCUUCGUUCAGACGUCCCUAGUCUAUUUUGUCCCAGUGUCUGAGUUCUAUGUAGGCAAAGACCAACUCGACGCGAUCUCCGGGUUCUUUCGUCGCUCUAGACCUCCCCUUCUUUCUUUCUCGAUCUUUAUCGAGCUCCAACAUCCCACUCUAUCAGACGAUCUCAUUCGGCAAAUCUUUGACGCUCUUUCCCCCAUACAGACUUUGGUGAAGCUCAAACUCGAGCUAGGCUUUCCAACGUCGGAGCAUGACUGUGACUUGGAGUCAAUAUUCCACGUGUUACAGGGAUCUUUGUUCUUAUUCCCAAUGCUUGAGAGGCUCGUCAUCCAGGCAUGGAAGGGGAUUUGUAGUUUGGGAGAUAUCCUCGCGUUGGUUCUCUCGCGCGAAACUAUCCAUCCAUUGAAAACACUAACGGUGGACUGCGCUGGGCUGGCAAAGAUGAACAGAAAGGCAACUUUUAGCUGCUUGGAAAGGCUCCGGGACUUUCGGCAUAGAGGUCUGCAACUCACCUUGAUCGUAAAUGAAACCAAGUUUGAUUGGGAGUCGUAUGUGGUGGGACCCUCUCUUGAUGAUACAUUCUAGACAAAUGCGAAGCGCUGCGAAGAACUUGGCGUUCGGAUCUCCCAAAAAAAAUUUUACAA